AUGUCUGCCAGCAACAGGUUUUCUGACGGUGACGACGACAGAGCAAUUCUAUCAAUCAUCAAUCACGUCUUUCUCCCUCCGAAGCUUCCUGACAAUGGAGACAGCGGCAGAACUAUCUCAGACGACAGCGCGCUGCUUCGCCUGGUGAUUUCAGCACUGCGAGAAUUUCAAUGCCACGUGAACUCUCCGCGCUAUCAAUGGGUUAAUGACGCUGAGGAAGCAAUGGUUUGCUUUCAAAGCGUCAGAUCCGAGUCCGGGUUUAUUGACGGGCAGAAGCUUGCUGAGCUUCUGCAUUCUCUCGAUCUUGACCGAACAAUGGACAACGACUCCAGGCCAAAUGUGCUGCUACCAUUGCACAUAAAGGCUCAAAACGCCGGGAUCAUUAUUGGAAAAAACCAAGAUUCAAUAAUACUGGAGGCAUUUGAGCUUUCUCCAACAAAUGGAGCUGUCAUGGGAACUGUCGGUCGGCUUCAACGUCAUUUUCCCGCAUCGUCCAUCUCGAUUCCCGUCAAGAGAUUCUGUGAAAGUGGGUUUAUACAAGCCUUUACAGAUACUAUUGACAAAAUGAGUCGCCAAGAAGUUGCUGAAGCGAAACCGAAAAUUCUCAAGGCAGGUCAGUUUCACAUUGAGCAUAGGGAUACAACGGAUCCCUUCCUCGUCACUGAUUUUCUUAAUGCCGUCCUUCUUGUUUUCGCCAAGGACGCCAUGCCGGCUUCCUCCAUCUCUAAAAACACUCGAGAAGAGGUUGUCUGGAAGACCGCCUCAAUGCCCUGGCAAAGAUCUCCAGUCUGGCUUAUGAUUCGAGUUACUCUACAACUACUUUUUGAACGGCUUCACUCAGACAGACUCCUCUAUAAAGAGUUUAUGAUCUUCCUAAUGACAUAUGCUCUGAACAUUGCGCGGAAGAGGGAAUUCUCAAGUGAUCUUUUACAUUGUAUGAUGAGUAAGAUUGGGAGACGGCUGAAAAAGUUGGGCGAUGAUUUCCAAGACCCCUGGGUCAGAAUCGCUCAUGAUGAGCUUAGACAAACCAAGGAUUGCCUUCAGCGACGCUGGGAGUCGAUAUGCGAAGAAAAAGAUGCUGAUGUGGACCUCAAUGAUCUAUCUAUGCGAAUAUUGCCUAAUGAGGCAUCGGAGCCAUAUCCGAGGUUGGACGCCUUCAUUCGCAGCAUUGAUGCCAGAGAGGAUGAUCAAUACAUGAAUACGUUCAGGGCGCCAUGGAUAUUCCGCAAGUAUGACCAGUCAAGUAUCCCAGACUUGAAAGAUCUACCGGAAAAGAGCAUCAUCCUUCACUUGUCAGCCUUUGAGAAAUGGGUUGAGUCGUCUUUACCUCAUUGGAUGAGCGAGGCCAGGGCCAACGAGAAUACAUGCACCCAACUGUAUGAUUUAGCCAAAGAGUACCAUCGUCUCUCACAAAAGUACUACUCUGGGUGUCCAAAAAGUUUGUCAAUUGCAUCGUUGACAAUCUUGGAGCUAUGGAUGGCCUGCGACAGGUCAGUGUGCAACCAGAUUCCUCUUCUGAAAGAGUACAGCCCCGAGAUUCCAGCUGAGCUCUUGCAAUCGCUAUUGCUCCACUCUUGUGAUCACUGUCUGAGGUUAGCUGAUCUCGAGAAAUAUAUCAAUGGGCGUUUGUCUGGAAUCUCUUCGAUAUUCUCUUCAUUUGGACAUAAAAACUCAUUCUCAGUUCGGUAUUGCGCUGAGUCUGCCCUUCAUCAGACGCUACGCACCGAUAUUGAAAUGGUUGCGAUGCAAGAAAGAGAGCGCAAACGAAAAGAGUAUUAUGAGAAACUUGGAGAAUACAAUGAUCUCAAGCAGGAAUCCUCCAGUCUCCAUUGCGAAUUCGUUACAUUUGUGAACGAAACAACGGGAAGAGUGAACCAAUAUCACAGCGGCAACUGCAGGAAGCAUCUCUUAGACGAACGGGCUGAUGAGCUUACCAUCGACAUCCACGAGUGGCCUCUUCCGACUAAUGAACUUGAGGUUUGGUCAGCCGUCUUUGAACUGAAUGUUCCUCCUCGUUUCGGGGCAUGGAGAAGCUUGACAAUGUUAGUCAUAAACGAUGUCCUAGAGUGCGAUUAUUCUGGGUCCAGAAGAGACGAGGUUGUGGACCAUCUGGGUGAACAUCUUUUACCGUAUUUCACGGGGGAUACUCACAGAUUAGGGCUGGCAUCGACAACAAAGUUAAACAAACGAACGCAUCGUCAUGAGAAACAGAUCAAAACAUGCUCAGGUGAGGGCGAUGUUUUGGUCAGGAACGGCCUAAGUUACGAAUAUUACGAUAAUGUUCGGCUAUGCUUUGUUUCACGAUUUACAAACGAGAAUAAAUUCUCUACAAGUCUCAUGUUCAAGCUGUCGGAGCCAAAUAAUGCUCUUCAAGACUUCAUCUUUCGACCACCUGGACGAGAAAACGGACCGCCUCCGAACCAUGUCUUAUCUCAACAGUGCGAUUACUCACAUGAGAUUUCACUUGAAGAGUCCAAGGCAAUGGCCAGUCUACCCGUUGGUUAUAGCAUUCAGUGGGAAAAUAUUCUUGUGCAGCUAUUUUCGCCCAAGGUCGACUUUAACAAGUCGGACACUGCUCUCAUGAUAAUGCAGAUAAUUGACCAAGCAGGUCUACCACAUUUUGGCUCUACCUAUAGGGCCAGCCAUCAACAACUUUCCGACGAUGCUUUUCUUGAGAGGCUUCUUGAAGGCCUAUAUCUUUCAGUGGAUAGGAUACACAAGAACUGGGAGUCCUAUGUAGCGCUGAGUACCUUUAUCGCCAUCGCAACCAGAGUUCGGAAUUGCUGGGUGAAGAUACAAUUGGGCGACAAAUACCACCAGUUUCUUAGGCGAUGUCGCCAAGUUGCCAUGAGCUGGAUUACUCUGCUGCAAGACAAGUUAUCUGGAUACAACAAGGAAGAACAGCGCCAGGAGUUUUAUCUCAUCAUCUCGCAGAUGGCACUCAUUUGCAUUGCAUCUUUUGAUCUGGACAGGAUGCAGUUGAGACGGACGCUCUCAGAUGCCGAGCAGAUGGAUAUACUAAUGCGCUCGUCGAUUAUUAUACAGAGUCUCUCUCGCGGAGUUGGCAAAUGCACUGAGCCCUUGUACACGUACCUGCUAUUGCAAAAACAACGUGUUUUGUACAAGUCUCAUGAAAUCAUUCUUUCCCGGACUCUUGAUGGGCUGAAUCAAGGGUUGAACCUGGCAGUGAAGAAAACCUUGCCUUUUUAUAACGGACAAGGCAUGUGGAACGCAUUAUCCAAGGAUGAAUACCACUGGUUAGAGACGAAAACCACUUCAGGCAAUGGCAAAAGCUCUUCGUCCAUUCAGAUAAAUGUCUUGACUGGAGAGCUGUUGGUCAACGGCUUGCCGCCUUCUCGUCUUCCGUUGUCGUACGAGGAACACCCGGUAUUUGAAGAGCUACUGGGGAGGGAAAUGAUCAACGUCAUGCCCGCGGAUGUUCCCGGAACAUUCUUCUCAUCAAUGAAAAGGCAUCGCAGUUAUAAUCUCGCAUUCGGAAUGAAUCAUUCCAGCCCUCCAGAGCUCAUUAUUGUGGCAUCAAACGAUAUUGAGACUCUGGAUCUAGUUCCUCGCAGCGUCUUGAUCGCCAGUUUACCAGAGAGCUUCAUCACCAACCAUGUUCACUGGUAUAAUCGCCAAUCAGGCCUCGUUGAGUUUCGGCCCGUGGAAUCAGCAUGGUGUUCUUCGGAUUCCAACUGGUAUUUAGAAGAUACCGGAUCUGAAUGGGUUCUUCAAAGGCCAGGACAGACCCUCAUCUGCCCUACUUCGUCUACCACGAAGAGGAUUUGCCAAACUCUGCGCUCAUUGGAGGAAGAGACUCAUAUACAUCUCAUCCUUGACGAUAUCACGUCAACUCUCAAUAUCCAUUUACCACGCCUUCAGCUGGACUUUUCCAUUCAACACGCCUCUUCUAGAGUUCGUUGCCGGCAGUUUCGUGGAAUGUAUGUGGACAAGGUUCAGCAAAUCGGCACCUUGGUUGGCUUCCAGAGCAAGUUGACGCUACGCGACAGCAAAAACAAGCGGAUGAUCCUGGUUCCAGAUGGCGAUGUUUACUAUUCGGGCGUUCCAGGACAUGUACAAGUUGGGGUUGCAUAUGGCACUUCAGUCCGUGUUCACCCAUUUACUAUAGACACAAGACUGGGCCGUUUAGUCGACAAUGGCAGCUUGCAGAGUAAGCUUUGCCUGGCCUACCUCCAUGGACUCACAUCAUAUUGUCUGCCUGAUAGCCUCACUGGUAAAACGGGAACUGAGCAGUGUCUGUCCAUUCUCAACUCCGCCGCCGUCCGAUCCUUUCAGCAACUAUCAGAAAAGGACCUUGAUAUUCUCGGACGCAUCUCAAGAUUAUCACCCGGGAGGAAAUAUUAUCCAAAGGAUGUGCGAGAAAUGGAGACCAUUGACUGGGAUAAACAGCUCAGCUUCCUAUCGCAAGCAGGAUCACUGCAUACCGCUGUGCAGUCAGUGAUAGAAGGGGUGAACCAAAGCACGCUUUUUUACCCUGAUCGACCAGCUGCAUACACCAUACGAAAUCACGUUAACGGAACCCUUGGACUACGACACCUAAUAAGAGAUUCAACCUUUUGCGUGUCUGGGUUCGGCGCCGAGAGUCACACCACUGCUGAAGACAUGCCAUACAAGUCUCGGGAUGGCGUGAGAAACGGUGAAAGAUCACGACGUGCGUUUGAAGUUGCCACCAUGGUUGUUGAAGGCCGAAGAACGAUUCACAUGCCUAUAAGUCACGCAUUCACCGGACAUAUGUGGGACUUGCUUAGGAAUAAGUCGGGCACUCAAGGUCCGGAUACUCCCUUGCCUCAUGAAGAAAUUGGUUAUGACUGCAAAUGGCUUUCGAACGCGGAUGCAAUUUUUGCAGACUAUUGGUGUCGCUUUCACCACAGUUUUCGCAAUGGAGAGUCACCGUUUUGCCGCUUUCAAUUAAUGUUUUGCGCUGCAACCAUGGCAUAUGCUAAAAAUCACAACGUUGCCGCUGUUCAAGCUCUUGUAGCUUGUGCAAAUACUCCGUCCAUCGGCUCUCUCAGGGUCCCCGAUGUGGAUGUAUUUGACAUGCCUGCGGGACGUAUAUUCAAUGACUUGCACAUCAAAAGUAUCGCGUUACAACAUGCGAUACCUUUUGGCUUCAGCAAAGAGGCGUCUUUACCAUACUUGGACAAUGAGAACUACUGGGAAGGAAAAGAAAGGCGAUCGAAAGUCUUUGAGAGCAAUCAGUCUGAUGCAGUCGCGCGUUUCGUAUCCAAAUUACGAGAGCAAUGGGUUUGUGACAUGCCAGUGACGCCAGAUGAUGCACACUGGUCCAGUUAUAUAUUUACUUCGAGAGCUAGGGACGGUAUUCUACCGAUUUGGCGGAAAUGGUAUGACAACUAUGAACUUUUCGAGUACUUGGAGACAUUGGGUGACCGUCUUCGGUUGCUCAAAGUACAAAGGAUAUCGAUGCCGAAUAUUGCCGGGCCCCUGCCAGCCCCAGCACCUGUGUCUUGUAGGGGUUUUGUCAACCAGGCAGAUCUGUUUGAUCACCACACUCCGUCACCAAGGGCUUUAUCAGACACUCUGUUGGACCUACUGGACGGAGAAACUGUGUCUCAACAGCCUCACGAGAAACUAGGACAACUUCUUGACUUCCUGCGGCAACAUGCAUCGCGGGAUUCCGAGCACAGAUACAUUCAAGAUCUCGACGACAGCCAGAGAUCCCACAGCCGCACCGUUACAUCGUAUAUAAUAAGACUGGACACGGAGACGCUUUUCCACAUUCUUAAAGAUUACUUGACGGAAUGUGAACACAAGAGCGACUGGAUAUACUACUCACUCAAGGAAGCAACUCGCACAAAUGGCGAUCCCGAAAUUUGCACAACAUCAGCAUCGUUGCUUGCCACGGUGUUUACGGCACCGAGAGUCUCACCCACGUUUUUCCUCGGUCAGCUUGCCAGAGAAAACUGGAAAAGCCUUCCGCUAAGAUGGAGGCGAGUAAUCGUCAUCUACGCGCAGUCAUUGACAAUGGUUCAGAGAGCCGAGAGAAUGCUCAAUCAACAUGCUAAUCACACAGAGCUAAUCAAAGAAAUACAGAAUACAGGCCAUACAAACUGGGAUCCGAUGGACUAUCCCGAAUCACUGCUUUUGGAAGUUGAAAGCGGAAUCAUGAUUCGCGAGGUGCAAGAGAAUAUUGCGUCGAAGAUGCGAAGCCCACCUCGGAACCAAAAUGCAACUAUGCAGCUAAACAUGGGCGAAGGCAAGUCAACAGUGAUUUUACCAACGGUUGCCUCGUAUUUAGCGGACGGUUCACGGCUUGUUUGCGUAAUCGGCACCAAACCUCAGGCCAAGGAAUUGUUUCGAAUGCUGACGUCCAAGCUUGGAGGGCUGAUGAACCAUCAAGUUUAUCAAAUGCCGUUCUCGAGGUCGCUCAAGCUGACGGAAUCUGAUGCUCAAACAAUCUGUAACUUUUUGAAGAAAUGCUCCGAGACUGGCGGCGUUCUUCUGAUGCAGCCUGAGCAUCUGUUGUCGUUCAAACUCAUGGGGAUCGAGAAUUGUCUCAACUCUCAAGAAGAAGUUGGCCAAAUUUUGCUCAAUGUCCAGCACUACUUUAACACUCAUUCGCGGUUUAUUGUCGAUGAGAGCGAUGACAUAUUCAGCAUCAAAUUUGAGCUCAUUUACACGAUCGGAUCACAAGUCGCCAUUGAUCUGAGUCCAAAUCGUUGGAUCAUCGUACAACGUGUGCUCAGCAUGGUAAUGCGAGCUGUGCACCUAAUACGAGACAAACUGCCUCAGUCUAUCGACAUUUCCGAUUCGAAAAGAGGACAAUUUCCACGCAUCCGUAUCUUGCGCCAAAAUGCAGAGGACAUGCUGUUGAGCUUGCUUGCUGAAGAAAUCUGCACUGUUGGGGUUCCAGGAUUACCUAUAAUGAGACAGCCGCCCGCUAUCAGGGAGUGUGUUCGUGAGUACAUCUCGAACAGCAGUCUAGAUGCGAAUCAGAUCAACUCUGUCGAAGUCGAGUCGGGAUUCUUCACAGAAUCCAUCAAGGGGCCUUUACUCCUCAUCAGAGGAUUGAUCGCCGAGGGAGUUUUGAGCUUUGCAUUCAGACAAAAGCGCUGGAGGGUGAAUUACGGCCUGGAUCUAAAUCGCACGCCGAAAACUCGACUCGCUGUCCCCUAUCGAGCCAAGGAUAGUCCCACGACCAGAUCCGAAUUCAGCCAUCCUGACGUUGUUAUUGUGCUGACCUCACUUACCUACUACUACGGCGGUCUCUCUGAUGACGAUCUGUUCGCUAAUUUUGAUCAUUUAUUACGUGCAGACCAAGCUGAGGUGCAAUACCAGGACUGGGUGCUUGAUGCCCCCGAUCUACCAGACGCCUUCAAGAGUCUGGCUGGAGUAACCAUGAAGGAUCGCCACCAAGCAAUUCAUGAGAUAUUUCCUCACUUUCGCUUCGCAAAGAAUGCCAUCGACUAUUUCUUGUCACACAUUGUUUUCACCAAGGAAAUGAAAGAGUUUCCCGAAAAGCUAUCAGCUUCAGGCUGGGACAUAGGCCAGAUCAAAACACUGCCCACCACUGGUUUCAGCGGAACCUGCGAUUCGCGCAAUCUCAUGCCUCUCCACAUGAAGCAUCUGGAUCUUACAGAGCAGCGUCAUACUAAUGCACUGGUUCUUUCUAAUAUCUUGCAGCCAGAAAACUCGGUGGCCCAUGUGCGAAAGGCUGACGGUACGCAGAAUUCAGACGCUGAAGCCCUGUUGGAUUUGGUCAUCUCAAUGGAACCGCCUGUCCAAGUCAUUCUUGACGUUGGCGCCCAAAUACUUGAGCUUACCAAUCUUCAAUUAGCCACUACUUGGCUUGAAAAGAUGUCAGAGAGUCAAGGGAAGAAGGCGGUGGUCUAUUUCGAUGACAAUGACGAGCUUUGUGUGGUUGAUCGCCAAGGGCGCGUCGAGAGUCUUCAAACAUCACCAUAUGGACAGCAAUUAGAUGUUUGUCUGGUAUAUUUAGACGAAGCACAUACAAGAGGCACUGACCUUAGACUUCCGACCAAUUAUAGAGCGGCUGUCACUCUGGGCCCCGGAUUGACCAAAGACCGACUCGUACAAGCUUGCAUGAGAAUGCGAAAACUUGGCCAAGGGCAAUUCGUCGUUUUCUGCAUAUCCGAUGAAAUCCAAGCGAGAAUCCUCAAGCUGAGAGGAGAGGAUAGCAAUCGUCCAAUCCAGGUGCUCGAUGUCUUGGCCUGGGCAAUUCACGAAACAUUCGUAGAUCUUCAUCGAUGCAUUCCGAUGUGGGCAGUACAAGGCUGCCGAUUCGAGAAACAACGUGUCCUCUGGGAAUCGGUCACAACAAGUGAUGGUAUCCAGUUGCCUUUAGAACUGGCGCAAGAGUUUUUGGAAACAGAGAUGCAGUCAUUGGACGACCGAUACAGGCCGCGCAACACUGAUCAACAACCGGUGAACCCCUCUAACUUUGACGAAACUCCACAGACAGAACUUAUUUGGAAGCGGUGUGUCGAGUUUGGAAACACUCAGCUUCGUUCCUCAGUGUUAUGGGAAGAACAGGAACGAGAACUAUCACCCGAAACCGUCCAGGAGAGGCAGAUUGAGAGACCACGACCAAUUGAGCCUGAAGAACACACGCGUGAUCCAAGACUUGUUGACUUUGUAACUUCUGGACUAUUUGUCCCUUCAGAGCCAUUCUUUCCGGCAUUUCAGGCUCUCGGGAAAACGCGUGCUGCUCAGUUAUUGGAUAUCAACUGCUUUCCAGAUGAUAUUUACGUCACCCAAGAUUUCAUGUCAACAGUCAUAUUAACACGAGAUGUCGACAACGACGACUUUUACCAGCGCUCGGUGCAGUGGAUAUUGAGUCAAGCACAGCCAGACGGCACCGUGCAACGUCUGGUGAUUAUUAGCCCGUACGAAGCACAGGAGCUGAAGUCACGGAUAACCCGGUCGCAGCAUGUACAUUUGCAUCUCUACACACCACUACCGAGCCUGGCAUACACUUCGUUAGAAAGCCUGAAGCUUUACUCGACACCUGCCCUUCCGGACAAUUGGCGUCUUCCUUCUCGGUUGCGGAUUUUGCUCAAUCUCUUUAGUGGUCAACUAUACAUCACUUCGCAAGAGGAUUACCAUGAAGUUUGCACACUGCUCAACUUGUCAUAUGGUCCUACUGAAGAUGGCGUUACGGUUGAGCCCGAUGGAUUCAUUGUUUCUCGGUCUGGCGAUGCGCUUACCAAAUUCAACAAGAGCCCGAUAGUGUUUCUGAAAGCUUUACUGGCGAUACGGUGGAACUCGGAAGUGAAUGAUAAAACUCACUGGGGGAGUAUUUUAAGAGGAGAGCUGCUAAGGAAAGAAGACUUUCCAGUCUAG